GAAGUCCGUUUAUCCUUCAAGCAAGCUGAGAUGCAGUUUGAAAUAUUUGUUCAUCAAACUGGUUUGUUCAGCUCCGGACUUGAGGUUAUGGUGUCCAGGGAUUGGAUAAACUAUGAUACCGUAGCACUGAUCAAUGCUAAACAAUUGACCCAGAUUGCCAAUGAUAGUUUAUGCUCCGAUCAAAAAUUGUUUGAUCAAUGUAAAGAGAAAUAUCUUCUAGGUGUUGUAAAUGAUACUAUAGGUUGCACCCCCAGGAAUUCAAGUAUAUACGUCGGAUGCAAUAGUUUUGAAAUGAAACAGAAGUCCUAUGUAGAGUUUGGGAAAGCUACGAAUGAUGAUUUUAAGACUGGAGAAGAUACAUGUCUCCUACCCUGCACAAUCAGCCUCAUUCAGCUCACCCUAUUUUCACAAAGGAAACCAAAAUCUGCUUGGGGUCCGAAGAAUCUAAUUCUAAGAAUCCCGAGGAAAAUUAUGACUAUUAGGAGUGGAUUUAUCUACACAGUUUGGGAGUUUGCAGCAGAGUUCGGGGGCUGGAGUGGAGUGCUUCUAGGAAAUGGAGUAUUUUAUUAACAACUAUAGCUUUAGUAACUUUAUAUAUAUAAACUAGCUUGGGAACCCAGCUUUUUCUUGAAACUAGAUUUUUCCCAUAAAAGUAGUCCUACCCUAUAAAGAUUCGUUUUCAAAUGCGUAUUUGGCGUAACAAAUCUUUAUUUUGGUAAAAUUAACAGUCAUGUUACAGUGGU